CAGUCAGAAAGGAAAGAAGUUCGGUCGAAGUGUGAUGGUAGUGCAGUGACUAGGCACGUCCACCGUCGUUGUCGUUGUCGUUGUCCCGUCGAGUUUGAGGAAGCAAAGACAAGAGGAAAAAAAAUCGGAGUGCUAAAGUGCGUUUUUCAUGUUUUUUUCGGAAUUGGAUUCGAUCAGUUUGGUGGAUUUUGCGCUCAGUACUAGUCGUCGGAUCGGAUCCGUCCGAAAUUCCGGGUGUGGAAACGGGAAAAGCGUAAUCGCCAAUACUAGCUGUGUCCAGUUGUCGGGAAAGAUUGCAGGGAAUAUAAUGGAGUGAGCAACGGGAGGAACGCGCUAUUAGUAAGCAAGUGACAGGGAAAAAACCCGAGCAAGUCAAUUCAUAAAAAUGGUGGACAGUGGUUGACAUUCUUCGGUUGAAUGUUGUCUUCAUCGCUGUUGGUUGCUUUUUGUUGUUGUUGUUAUUCGUCGACAUCAUCAUCGUCAUCAUCGCUUGUGUGCCGUAUGUGCGCGAAGGGAUGACAGCAUAAUCGUCUCACAGCAGGAAGAAGAAGAAUAAGUAGAACGAAUCCAUAGAGUGUAACAAUUCUGGGUUUGAUAGUCUGAAGAAGAUCGACCAAAAGGAUAGCCGAAAGAAGAGGCAUACAUUAUUAAUUGGAGCUGUGCUGUGGAGGAACCCAGAAGCAGCAGUAGUUCGAGACGCAGACGGCAGCGCGUGGCGGCAGGUGGAGAGACGUAGCGUAAAUUGGUAGCAGGAAUCAUCCACCGAAAUGUCACGGCUAGCCGAUUAUUUUGUGAUUGUCGGAUACGAUCAUGAGAAAGAACGAACCGGCUCUCGAACGGGCAAAAUUCUCCAGCGGUUCCCCGAAAAAGACUGGUCCGAUACUCCCUUCAUCGAAGGCAUCGAAUGGUUCUGCCAACCCCAGGGCUGGUCGUUGUCCACCGUCCGCCAGGAGCCACAGUUUUUCGUGUCGGUCCUGACCGACAUCGACGCCAACCGGCACUAUUGCGCUUGUCUGUGCUUCAACGAGACAAUCGCCAUCACACCGAGCAAACCCAUCGACGAGGAAGAGGAAGAUGACAACCUAUCACCCAGUAGUCGGGCCCUGUUGGCCGCCUCCAGUGGUCCACCCUCCAUAACCCACCACAGUAUCAUGUACGCCCCGAAAUGUUUGGUCAUAGUUUCCCGGUUGGACUACAUUGAAACGUUUCGGAACUGUCUAGGGACGAUCUACACGGUGUACUUGGAGAGCUUAAAGUUCCACCUGCACCAUCUGAUCGGAAGCAUACUGGGAUGCAUUCAGGUUCCACCUCCGGGUGGACCUCAGGUUCGCUUCUCCAUAGGAGCAGGGGACAAACAAGUCCUGCAGCCUCCCAUUUCUCCCACCAUCCCCGUGACGGGGUCCUGCGUUAGUCUUCUGUUCCACCAGCUGGGCAUCAAAAAUGUGAUGCUUCUGUUCUGCGCCGUCAUGACCGAGCACAAAAUUCUCUUCCAUUCGACGAGCUACUCCCGGUUGACCGACAGUUGUCGAGCGCUGACCGCCCUGAUGUAUCCAUUCCGCUACAGUCAUGUGUACAUUCCGAUCCUGCCAGCAUCGCUGGUGGAAGUAUUAUCCACACCGACGCCCUUCAUCAUGGGCAUCCAUAGCUCGAUGCAAACGGAAGUGACCGAAGUGCUCGAUGUGAUCAUUGCCGAUCUGGACGGCGGAUCGAUUCACAUUCCGCAAUCGUUGGUACCGCCACCGGCCGAACUACCGAAGGCGCUGCGAGAGGCGACCGAGAGUGCCCUGCAACAGGUCUUGCACCCGGAGCUGACGCGAGCCGACUUGGCAUUCCCGCCGAACAAUAUCAACAACAAUGGGUAUAACUUUCGGGAGCAGAAGAGUGACGAAAUGCUAGAUAAGGAAAUUCGGGCCGUGUUCAUGAGGUUGUUUGCCCAGCUGUUGCAAGGAUACCGAUCCUGCUUGACGUUAAUCCGGAUAAAUCCAAAACCGAUCAUUCAGUUUCAUCGGGCGGGCUUCCUGGGGGCGAGAGAUUUAGUCGAUUGUGAUUUCCUGUCACGGGUUUUGGAUAGUAUGUUCUUUACGGGAUUUGUAACGGAGCGAGGGCCACCCUGGAGGCCGUGUGACGCGUGGGACGAACUGUACAGUGCGAUGAACGAUUUGCUCAAACAAGAACUGCAAGAUCCGGUCUUGGUGUUGAUCCACAUCCAGGAACUGGGCAAGCAGUUGUAUACCAACGAGAAUCCAAGUCCCCAGUCGUACCAGCAAAAGAUCCUGAGGCCACCGGAAGGUGCAUUUGCCAGAAUACAUCAACCCCCGAUGCCGCUGAUCGAUUCGCAAGAAGUCCAAAAUGUCAUCAACGAAGGUUUGGCGGCGAACGACCUGCAGGCAAGACUGCAGACUAUUCGACCUCCCCAGAGGAUAGUUCCGAUGGGACCUUAUCUGAAACCGGUUCUCGAACUACGACCAGUGGUGAAUAACAGUGCUCGAAAGUUGGAAGUGUUGAAGAACUGCAUCAGUUGCAUCUUCGAUAACAAGAUCACCGAGGCGAGGAAAAGUUUUCCGGCUGUUCUUCGGAUAUUGAAACAACGGGACGCCCGGUUAACGCUUUGCAGGGAGUUGGCAAAGAUCGCUCACGGAAACAAACAGCUAGAUCAUCAACAGUUCGACCUGGUAGUGAAACUGAUGAACCGAGCCUUGCAGGACGACUCUUCCAAGGACGAAUACGGAGUUGCGGCUGCAUUACUUCCGCUUUCGACAACGUUCUGUCGGAAACUUUGUACCGGAGUGAUACAGUUUGCCUACACCUGCAUUCAGGAUCAUCCGGUGUGGAAGAACCAGCAGUUCUGGGAAGAUGCCUUCUACCAUGACGUGCAGAACUUCAUUAAAGAGCUAUACCUCCCGCGUCAAAAUUCGGAAAAGUCGUACAGUAGCUGGGCGACGGACACUAACGGACUGGUCCAUUCGACAUCCCGCGACAAACUGGACCGAUCGACGCUGCUUUCACGAGCACAGGAACCUUCUGCGCUGGAGAUCGCAGCCGAUCAAAUGCGAAUCUGGCCCACCGUAGAUCCAGACAAGCAGCAGGAGCUGAUCAGUUCCGAAGAGAAGACCCUCUACAGUCAAGCAAUCCAUUAUGCUAACCGGAUGGUGUUCCUGCUGAUACCACAGGACGUGAAUCAAGGUGGUCGUGUUCAGAAAUUGGACUCGCAUACCGACGACUGCGCCAGUGUGUCGAACAGUGUGAUAGAAUCGCAUAGUCACAGCGAUCAUAGCGACGAAGGCUUCGAAGAUAACGAUCCUAGCGAGGUGGGCUCGCAAGUGGCUAAGAUGGUCUGCAAGUUCAUCGAUCGAGUCUGCAACGAAGGUAAUGUGACCCCCGAGCAUCUGCGGAAUCUUCACCAAAUGGUUCCCGGCGUGAUACAAAUGCACAUUGAAACACUGGAAUCCGUUAACCGGGAAGCUAAGCGGAUACCUCCGAUCCAGAAACCCAAACUGCAGUUCCCCAACUUCCUGCAAGGUGAAGAGCUCGUCGGUGAUCCGAUGCGAGUGUACCUGCUCGCUGAUGGCCGCGAAGAGAAAGAAGUGGGAACGUCGAAUCUCCUCCCGGCGGAGGGUGCUCUCUAUCUUACCAACUACCGUAUCGUGUUCAAGGGAUGCCCGUGCGAUCCGUACUGCUGCGAGCAGAGUGUAGUACGGGCGUUCCCAAUUUCCUCGCUUACCAAAGAAAAGCGACUCACGGUGAUCUAUCUGCAGCACUUGGAGCAGGUCCUGCAGGAAGGUAUGCAACUGCGGUCCUGUACCUUCCAGCUAAUCAAAGUGGCAUUCGAUGAGGAAGUGAUUGCCGAUGCGAUCGAGACCUUCCGGAAGACGAUACACCGAGUGCGGCAUCCGGAGGACGAGUUUGGACAUUUCGCGUUUGCCACGACCCACGGAAUCGCGAAUCCUACCCCACUGCACAAAGUCAAGGAGAAGAACGCUACGUUGAAGGACUUUGCGAAGAAGACGCUGCUGAGGACUGCGAAAAAAGCUGGCUUCAAACAGAAAGGUGUGACCAAGCGGAAAUACAUCCUACCGGGAGCGGACUUUGAGGAAUCCUACGGAAACAGUGCAAUGGGGAUCAACGAGAAUCCAGAAGACGAAGACGGAUCGGAUGACGGAGCAGAUACCAUGCCACGGGUAACGGCGAAGGACGUGGAAAGACUGAAGGAACGAAGCUAUGUCAAAGAUUUUCUUCGGGUGGGAUUGGGUGACGUGCAGGCGGGCUACCGAAUAAGUUCGAUAAACUGUAACUACAGCUUGUGUCGGACGUAUCCGGCAAUACUGGUUUGUCCGAAGGAUUUUUCCGACGAUAGCUUGAGGAACCUGUCCCGCUGUUACAAACACCAUAGGAUACCGGUCGCAACGUGGAGACACAAAAAUGGAGCUACCCUGCUAAGAGGCUCAGUGCCCCUUGCCAAAGGUGUCAUGGGAAUGCUCAAAGGACAUCCCGGAUCUUCGAAUACCUCGGCAGAUUCCGCAAGCUUUCAGGAACAAGACCGUUACUUCGUUUGUGUCAUCAAAACUACUCCUCACACUCGUCCGAUACGGCAUACGGGUAACUUCUCUGACUCUAACCUCUCCCUAGACUCGCUAGCCCUAGCAGCCAACGGUCUGAUGACUCGGACGGAUAACUCAACCCUAACCCCGGACAUCAGCCGUAGGAACAACGCCGGCCUGUACUCAAUCAACAACUCAUCCUUCUCCAGCUUUGGAGCACUUCGGUCCAACCCUAAGCAGAACAAAUGGGGUUCCCUGAAACCCGGUGGCCAUACAAGCGCCGCCACCUUGCGGGACUACAACAACUGGGAUCAACCCCAGCAAUACACCAUCCAACGCGUGCCAUUAUACUUCCUCGGUGAGAAAUCUCAAUCCAAAUCAGCCAAGCUGUCGGAAAUGUACGCCGAGUUCAUCCCCGUGGACUAUACCGACGUACGACACUCGCGAACCGCUUUCAAAAAACUAAUGCGAGCCUGUCUUCCUUCCUGCGUAAACACCGAACCCGACCAAACCUUCUCCAAGCUGGUAGAGCAGUCCGAUUGGCUGCAACAGAUCCGAGGGCUUCUGCAGCUCUCCGGUGCCGUCGUUGAUCUCAUGGAUCUACAGGAAUCCAGCGUAACCCUUGCCUUGGAGGACGGUUGGGAUGUAACCGCCCAGAUUUCAUCACUUGCUCAACUAUGUCUCGAUCCCUACUACCGAACCAUCGAUGGUUUCCGAGUUCUAAUCGAGAAGGAAUGGCUAGCCUUUGGUCAUCGAUUCGGUCACCGCAGUAAUCUCAAACCAAACAGCAGUUCCGGUUCACCGUUUGCUCCGACCUUCCUACAGUUCCUAGACGCCGUUCAUCAGAUCCAGUCUCAGUUUCCCCUCGCAUUCGAGUUCAACGAAUUCUACCUGCGCUUCCUAGCGUAUCACCACGUGAGUUGCCGUUUCCGUACGUUCCUUUUCGAUUGUGAACUGGAACGGGUAGACUACGGCAUAACUGCCAUUGAUGACAAGCGUGGAUCACUCAACUCGCACCACAAGCAUGUCGUGGAGACCCUGACCGUAUCCGACGACGAUAACAUCUACCCUGGUGGCCUUGGCGUCGGUGGAGGUGGCCGCGGAAACCACGCUUCCAACACCCAAAAAUUCGGACCCUCGCUCUUCGAUUACAUCGAACGGCAGCACGCUAAGAAUCCGAGCUUCUACAACUUUAUGUACACUCCGGACCCGGAACGGCAAGUCCUUCGACCGCAAAGUUCCAUCUCAGUUCUGGAGGUAUGGUCGUAUUACCUGGACGAGGAACUAGCCCAAGGACCACCGUACGAUCCGGAACUGCUGAAUAACGACAACCUGGACGAUGACUGUGAUUACGUCAGUACGGGAAGUCUGGCCAACAAGCAUCCUCGGCGUAAGGUGGUCUCAGUGGGGUACGACAGCCUGAACAAGUACGAUGCAGAUGCGUUCUCGAGGUUGCUGGAAGAGCUGAAGAACGCCGAAGCCGAGCGGGGAUUGUUGCCGCAGAAGUGGCGCCAGGUUUGGGACAAACUUGAACUGCCACAUUCGGACUCGCUGACCCGGCACGCGUCGUUUAGCAGUGCCCUGGUGAGAUCGCACGGUCGACUGCUGCACAAGAGAUCUACACUGGAGAUCAUCAUGCGCGGUCGUCAGGUCGGGUACUAUCAGGAGAACUUCCUGCAUCCUCAUCGCUUCGAGAAGCAUGCCUACUCGGCUCCGAUCAACUGUAACCACUGUGGAAAUGUCCUGUGGGGACCACUGCUGAACGGAUUGAGAUGCGUGGACUGCGGCAACACCUACCACGAAAAGUGUGCGGAAUCGGUGCCGAAGAACUGCACCAAGUACAAGGCCGUCGAGGGAACGCAGCCGACGUUGGCGCGCAACCAAGGGGACAAUAAUAGCGUUUCUUCCAGCGUGAAUACGACCAACACGACGAGCCAGCAUUACUACGAGCAGUACAGCAGCAAUGUAGCGGACGAUAGGACGCAUGAAGGGUAUCUGUACAAACGUGGUGCAAUAUUGAAAAAUUGGAAGCAGAGGUGGUUCGUGUUGGAUUCGCACAAGCAUCAACUGAGGUACUACGAUGCGAUGGAGGACUGCAACUGCAAGGGUUAUAUCGAACUGGCCGAAGUGCAAUCGGUUGCACAAGCACCGCCACAGGCAGUGCCAUCGAAGAAGAUUGACGAAAAGGCGUUCUUUGAUCUGAAAACGAGCCGACGAACGUACAACUUCUAUGCCUCGGACGCAACCAGCGCUCAGGAGUGGAUCGAAAAGAUUCAGGCCUGUCUGCAGUAAAGGUCGCAAAUGGCCAACAUGUAAGGACGGUAUUCACCCAUCGUUGUCAAUAAUCAUCAUCGUCUCGAUCAUAGGAAAAAAAAACAAUACAGAGAUAGUAAGUUAUAGCAAAUCACAACCAAUCAGUAAACUGAAGAAUUUCCCAACGGAUUUCGAUUGAUGGAAAGAAUAAUAAGAAACCAUACUCACUAAAUUAGAAUAUGUAAGUGAAUGCAUCAAACGGAAGGUUAGGAAAACGAAAUAAUUUCAUACAAUGGUAAAUGGAGAUGACAAUUUCAUAUCAGCAUGAUACACUAGUAAUUGUUCGGAUCGGGCUCGAAAAAAAGGCGAGAAGUUUUAUUUGUUUUAACUACCUAAAUAAUCAAUUCGGAGAAAGUGAAUACACACAAUCAGAUAAUCGAAUGGGUUAAUAGUGUUAAUGCGGAAUGAGUAACAUACGAACAACAAGAAAGGAAAUAUUUAUAUGUGCAUAUGUGUGUGUGUGUUUGUGUGCCACUUGUUACGCAGUUGAUCUUAUUAGGAUAGUAUUUUGUUUUGUUUUAGGGCAACCGAUGGUUAAGCUUUUGUUUAAGGGAUGAACGGCGAUGUACAGAUAUAGCUCAAGGCGAGAGACGUUGUGUGCGGGAUCCAACGAAAGGAACGCGCGGGAUGAUAUAUACCAAAAGAUUUUGCUUUACUUUCGAAUUUCAAUUUGUUUUCUUCAGUUUUGAUGCAUUUAUUUUGUUUCUUUCGUUCAGACUUAGAGAAAAGGCAUUCUUUUAAAAAGAACUUGUCGCUUUAUAUGUUAUACAGCGUUAUUUUUCAACCCUUUUCUAGCUUAUUUUUUCUAUGUAUUAUAAAUGUGUAAAAAUGUUUAUUCUACUCUAAUUUUUCUCUUCUUUAUAAGUGUUGAAAUGCAUUUAUUGUUAGAUUUUGAAAAGAAAAAAAAACUAUAGGUGUUAAGAGAAAGAGCUCAAAUAUUAUGUAUUAGCCAAACGAGAAGUAGGGACACUGCUCUCCAGAGAGACGCUCGAAUUUUUCCAAAAGAACGCGAUCUUAGCUGCAACCGAGUUUGAUUUCCUUCGCUUUUAGCUUCCAACAACCAACAAACACCUGUCAUGUGAUAUUCUACUUUAUACACAAUAUACUCUACUCUCUUUUGCGAGGACCAAACUCGAAAUAACCGGACAGUAUAUGAGUACGAAACGCAAAAUUCCUUAUUGUUUGUUUUUGCUGUUCUUACCGAUAGGAGAGAAAAAAUCCGAUCUCAAACGCAUACAUUUAACAUCGUAGCUCACUUGUUUAGAGCAAUUUCAGUUCGUAGUCCUAUGUCUUUUAGAGCAGAUGUAUUUACCAGUCAAACGUUCCAGUGAUGAACCAGAAGAGGAACCAUUCCCGAUCCCAGAGCCUAUUUAACGCAGUCGGGUAGCACUUUUGCACCAUCAGGUACGUACCUACUCCCAGUUAUUCCGCAUCCAGUCUUCCGGUUUUGAUUUUCUACACUGUCUACAAUAAAUUGUUCUGUAAGGUAAACAAUAGUUGAUUUCAUUUUUAACAGUUCAAAUGGAAGAUUAUCGCUGCAGAUUUGUCAUGCUUGAAAAUGAACUUACAAGGUUUGUUUACGAAAUGGAGUUGAGACCUUUUCAAACUAAAUUUAGAACACAGUUGCAAAGGGCACGGUCAGGAUCUGUUCCAAAAAUUAGAUCAAACCAGAUCCAAUUGGGACCACUGCUAAAGAUGCCCUAAGAGAUAGACACAAAUUUCUAGAUAGCGCUGGAAGUAGGGCGUAACAGCCUUUGCAAACAAUGACUUCUCUCGUUAUUUUUUAGGAAUUCAAGGCAGACAAACAUAUCCAUUGUAGAGUGGAAGUCUAACCUUACUCGCUGGUUAUGUCGAUUUGCCGGGGACAGCCAUGGCUUCGAGAAAUCAUCGAGAGAAGUAAUUGUUUACAAAAGUUGUUACGCCCUAAUUCCAGCUCUACACGGUAAAAAAAACAUCAUGUUCAUGUAAAGUGAUUUGCUGUUGAAUUUGCACUAAUUGUCAUCUUCGCGAGUUUGGCAUGCGCGUUUUUAACAUUUGCUUCCAAAAGCAAAACUAAUCAAAUUCAAUUGAUGGAAACAGUGGUGCCAAUUCAAAAGAUAAUCAUUUUGAUUUAAAGGUGUUAUACAGUACAUAUUUUCCAACGACAAAUCACUUUGUUUCACAACGUAAAUCACUUGAAAAUCAAUAAUAAAUCACUUCGAUUCGUAGUGCCGCAUGACAGACUGAGUCAAGUGCAAGAGCAUUUGGAUUAAAUGUGACAAUUUUUUACCGUGUAUCUAGAUUAUAUCUAUCUCUUAGGGCAUCUUUAGCGGUGGUCCCAAUUGGACCUGAUUUGAUCUAAUUUUUUUGGAACAGAUCCUGACCGUGCGUUAAUAGUGUUUCUUAGAGAGGGUCUAGUAUAAGAGAGAAGCGGACUGGCUGGUUUUGAGCCAAACGAACUGUCAAAGCCAGAGCCAAUCGAGCAACGCCUAUCUUGAUUGCA